AUGUUUAGUGCUACACGGUUGACGUGUAGUGUGAAAGCUUCCUAUCAGGAACUUGCUAAAUAUCUCGAAGUUGCUCCGAGAUUAAACGCGUACCGUUGGUUCUAUAUUCCAGGGGCCAUAUUGGAUCUUGAUAGGCCACUCCGCACCUGCACGACUUGGAGGCCUCCCCCAGAGCAGAAAUUAAUUCCAGGCUUCCAUCAUCAGAUUCCGGGAGCACGGGAAGGCCAAGGGUCGCGAGGAACUGUAAUACCCAAGGCGAACCUUGCAGCAACUGACUGUUAA